AUGCAUUUCUGUGAAACAUUCCAGGUCAUUCUGAAGCUUGGAGAUUGCACUCUGAGACUCCAUAACUCCAUCCCACAUUCCACUGGUGCUGAACUGCUAACUCUUAGUCCCAAUGUCACUGACUUGAACAAUUCCGAAGUUAAAUCCAUGGAUGCAAAACCUGGAGAUAUGGAGGGCAAACUGUAUAUUUAUCGAAAAAAAAAUCUGCAUAGUAAUGGUGGCGCCCCAGGGCCAGGGGCAAGGCUGGUUAGCUGCGUUCCUGCCUCCACCGAGGACGAAGCUUAUGCCUCCCACCCAGGCCCCAGAGGCCCGCAGGACAGGCCAGUGGCUGCGAGGAACGAGGAACAGGAGAAACAAAUCCUGAAUGAACUAGAUGAGUAUUAUGAGAAGUUUAAACGGGAGAUGGACAGCAACCAGAAGAGGAGAGUGCUGCACUGCAUUCAGAGAGCCCUGAUCCGGAGCCAGGAGCUGGGCGACAAGAAGAUCCAGAUUGUGAGUCAGAUGGUGGAGCUGGUGGAAACAGGACCAGGCAGGUGGACACACCAAGAGAUCAAUGACACCACUGGCCACAGUGGCAAAGCUGGCCAGGAUAAGUCUAAGAACAAGACAAUCGCACAGGCAGAAAAGCCCAAUAACAAGAGGUCUCAGAGACUGCACAACAAUGAAAAUCGGGAGAAUGCAGGCAAUAAUCACUACCACGAUGACAUCACCUCAGGAACACCUAAGGAGAAGAAAACAAAGGCCUCAAAGAAGAAGAAACGCUCCACGGCCAAAGCGAGGGAAGCAUCCCCUGCAGACCUUCCCAUCCACCCGAACGAGCCCAUGUACUGUCUGUGCAAUCAGGUCUCCUAUGGAGAAAUGAUCGGCUGUGACAAUGACGAGUGCCCCAUCGAGUGGUUCCACUUCUCCUCUGUAGGACUGAAUCAUAAACCAAAGGGCAAGUGGUGCUGUCCCAAAUGUCAAGGGGAGAAUGAGAAAACAACGGACAAAGCCCAGGAGAAAUCCAAAAAGGAGAGGGCUUAUAACAGGUAG